AGUGCGAAAGAGUAGAAGGUAGCUUCUUGAGCGGCUUGGUUUUGGAAAGCUAUAGUCGUGCAAAGACAAGAAACAAGCUUUUUGUGUUGAACAAUUAUUGUAAUUGUAACAAUGUGUUGUUCGUAGCCAUUGUUGCUCAAGACUUUAAGACUUGUCGUUGUCAACGUUGCAGAUCAUCAACGUGCACAUCAUGCAGCACAAACCGGCGACGGUUCUUGCGCAGGUGGGCCAGCGGAGUGGUACUAGAGUGGGACAGUUCCGUCACAAGAACUCUCGUCUCCAGUCGGAGGUCCGGAGAAAAUUGUCCCUUGCGGGUGGUGGAGCGCAGCUUCUUUUCCUGCUUUAUCAUCUCGUCGUCCAGUGUAAACGCGCGAGUGCGGCGGUGGAGGAGGAGACAAGCACGACGAUUUUCAACAAAGAGGAACAUGUGAUGUUGGCGUCCCGGGUAGGUUUUCGGUCGCCUAUGGGCCGGUCAGGACCGCAACAAGUACUAGACCACGCGCGCCGGUAUGAAGCUGAGACGACCUCCCAACAAUUCCUCGUACAGUCGCCAGGAGUUCUACUUGGGGAAACAACAAGAACCGAUGGUGCGUCACCAUUGGGGUCGUGGUCUCGAGCGGACGAAGCACAAGACCACCCUGGCACAGAAAGUGCGUCCGUCUCCGACUUGAGAUUCGUUCCGACGCACCAGGAAGUAGAGACCGCGAGCGGCGGAGGGAUAGGACAUCAACCCGCGACCAGAACAAGUGAGAUGCUGCAACUGCGCGCCGACGACGCGGAAGCCGCGGGGAGUAGCGCUGUGACGACAAUGACCACUACUGCUUCCACCGGGACAACUGAUUCCGCAGUGCAAGCUCUCGCAUUGCAGUUGCAACAAAUGGAGCAAGAGUUGCGGGUGCUGCGGGAAGCCACGACGCGGCGCUUCGCCGAGGAAAGGAACGCGACGGACACCCGUUUUGCGAAAGAAAAAAACGAGACGGAGCGCCGCUUUGUCACUGUUCGCAACGUGGGCUCGAUUAACGAAAUCAUUCUGCAGCGCCUGCUCGCCGUUACCAUCGCGAGGACGCGCACGGACGGUUUUACCUCCGUGGUCUUUCUUGUCGUUGGAUUUAUUGCCGCGGUGGUCGGAACGAUUUUGCCUACGGCCCUGGUGUUUUUUCCGACCAUUCAAGAAAUGCCCGUCGUUGUGGUGGGUGAUGAUGAAUACGCUUCUAGAGGUCGCCUCCGCGCCGGCGCGGAAGGCGAGGACGAUGGUGAGAGCACCACAGGCGAGCAGCCGCAGCAGGAACUACCUGCGCAACAAGAAGCCGGGGCCGCCGUGGUAGAGACCGAGACCUACUAUUUUCUCCCGGAAGAUUUCGUUGACACAGGCACACUUUCAAACGUGUGCUGUAGUCACGGCUCGGCCCAGGGGAAGAUAUGGUCAUCCUGUCUCGUCUGCUAUGCGAUGUCCAUGCUACUUAGUCGCUACACCUUCAAACUGUAUCCGGAUUGGUGUCCGUUCAAUCAGGACGACGACGCGCCAGAUCUUGCCACUGCCGAGCUUGGGCUGGGGGAGGUGAGUAGUUUCCACGAGGUGGCUUACCGAAUGCUUUGGUUGCUGGUUCCGAACAUCCUCUUCAUCCUGCUUGCAGCAAUUCCCACGGUAAACGGGCCUGGAGCUCGAUCCGGACAAAGGAAUAUGAACUCCAACACUCCUUCACCUCCGCCUCCUUCAGGACUGCGGCCAGUUCCUCUGUUGGGCGAGUCCGUGCCGCAUGUGCAGGGCGUCAAUCCCGAUAAUUUGCGCGAAAACGCCACCAGUCAUGCGUCGAACAGUACUGCGGGUUCCGCCCAAGAAGCCUUCUUGACACGAAACCGAGGCUGGCUCAAGUUCAUGCACGUCGGACUGGCGGGGAUAGCGGUUGGUGGGCUCCUUUUCGCUGAGACUCUACAGCUUUUCGUAGGCGAGGGCGUCCACGUCGUCAAUUUAUUCACGAUGUCGGGCGAAAGCGCCAUGAACGCGGCCUGGCACGACGCGUCGUGGUUGGAGCACCGGAUGUCGCCGAGUCUGUUUACCGCUGAGACGUCGGAGUGUCACGGUAUGUGGCCGCCCGAGAAGAUGCUUCCCAAAAUCUUUCGUUUUCGGGUGGUCACUAUUCUUCUCGCAUUCGUCAGCGGGGUCUGCUGUGCGGUUUCUUCCCUUGCGCUCGACAAGAUUAGAAGUGAAGUCGUUGACGACAAAAUCGUGCGAAUGCAGAAGGGGGCGCUCGUACCCACGCGCAGCACCAGUCUCUUCCUGCCACGUCUUGUGUACACCUUCGAGCUGGUCACAAUGUUGCUCGUGUGGACCCUUCCUUUCUAUCCUGCGCUCAUCAAUGAGUACCGAUAUUAUGACGAUUUUCGUGCACUGAACCAAGACAUCACGACUCAAGUGGGCACGAUUUACCGUUUCCAUUCUGACGCCCUCCCGCAAUGCGGAACGUAUUUUGACCUCGCUGCUCCGCGUGUCUGCAGUGAUCUGGAUCAAAAUCCGUAUAACAUUCAUUUGUACAAUACCGGCGACCCCGCCGAGGGUGGUGAUUCGAAGUGGAUGUGGUGGCAGGCGGAACAAAGCGGCAACGUUCCCAUCGUGAAUGCAGGAGGCCUGGAUCCGGCGUUGCCAUGGAAGAACUGGCUAGCCUGGACACAAGAGCGCUGGCACUGGCGCGAGGCCGCGGCUGGGCUCAAUUUCACUGCAAAUUCUUCGUGA